AUGGAGAUCUCGACAAAAUUAGGACCUGGAAUUGGAACCUUAACAUCUCCAUCUGAAGUUGGCCUUUCUCGCCAGCCGCUGUCAGGGGCUUUCGCUAGCUCGCACCCCUUUCUCAAGGCACGCGUCGAAAAAUUAGAGAAAAUGGAGAAAUGGGUGUCGAGAUUUUGA